AUGUCGGCGUUAACCGCUCCAUCUUUAGCUCUAAAAGGUUGGGAUUAUCUCUAUAAGGGACCGAGUGUUUAUGUUCAUGUAGACCCCUUCAUUAGGAGUUUCAUAAGAAAAUCCGUUAAAGGAGGAAAAGUAUCAGCGAACAUUCAAGGGUUUAAGAGCAAUAAAUUAUCUCAAAUAUUUAAACUGAUUAAGGAUCAUUAUCAAGUUGAGACCGAUGAAAUGUUUGAACUUUGGGAUAUUUACAUGAACGGUAAAGAAACUGAUAAAAAGUUAUUACACGAUAAUUUGAAGAACCUAAAGAACGUUUCUGAAUUAAUGGCUUUUGACGCCAAUGGAUUAUACAUGAACGGUAAAGAAACUGAUAAAAAGUUAUUACACGAUAAUUUAAAGAACCUAAAGAACGUUUCUAAAUUAAUGGCUUUUGACGCCAAUGGAUUAUACGCCUCAGCUAUUGGUGUAGGAGAAGAAUUUAUUUUGAAUUGA